CAAAACAAUAUUACAUCUGAAGAUUAGUCACUUCUACAUUUGGACACUAUGACAUGGGACACUGACUGUUACACUACUUGUGAUGUCACUUUACAAUUGGGCUGUCUAAAAUAAAUCACAAUGAAGUAACUUCAGUUUACGCUGUGUGCCAUAUUCACAAAUGCAAGCAAUAUAGAUUGUCAAGUAAACAAGAGUGAAUAAUAAACUGAUACACUCUAUGUCAUAUUGACUGCCAUUCAUUCUUCACACACAUGCAUUUGCACAUUAUUAAAUAAGGAAUCUAAACUCUGAGUUAACAAAGUUUGAUUCCCAUACAAAAAAUUGCCCAUAAAAAUGUUCUGCUGAAUAUAAAAUUAUCACUGAACGCACAGUCAAUAUGUGAACAGACAAAUUCUAAGUAAAGAAACUGGCUUCAUACAAAACAUGAUCUGAAGAACAGCUCACAGUCAAACAUCGGCAGCAGAACAAUGUUUACGUUGGUAGUGAGUGUGUUGUGGCAGACACCAACUCAAGUUCAGCAGCAAAUGGUACAAUGUCUAAAUGACAUUUCAUUGAAACAUUUCACACCAGUGCAUGCCCUUGUAGUCGCAUAUUACAAUUCUCAACUUCAAGAAAGUCUCAGUAGAAUUCUUGAAAAUGAAACUCAAGAAAGAAACAAAUUAUAUUGGGAGAGAGACUUCGGGAACAAACUUCUGCAAGAUUUGCACAAAUCAGAAAAAUGGUCACUGUUGCUCUAUUUAAACAACGAUAAGUGGAACGAGGAAAUGCCACAGAGCAAACAUGGCAGCUACAUUAUAAUAUCAUUACAUCAUCAUCAUAAAAAUGUGGUACAGGAUGUAUCAGUCCAGAUCAAGAAACUCAGAAACGACUGGGACUGGAAUCCAAGAGCAAAAUUCAUUAUAACACUGCCACAUGCAGAAGGAAACUCUACCAAGCAGCUUGCAGCUGAUGUUUUCAAUGAACUGUGGAGAUGGAGAGUUAUAAACAUGAUUGCUGUAAUCCCUGCUUUGGGACCAAAGAACACAACAGAUGCAGUUCCUGUAUUGGAUGUGUACACUUGGUUCCCGUACCGUCCGCCCGGUCGCUGUGCCGAUGUCAGAGACCCAGUAGUGCUGGAUCAUUGGAUUGUGGAUAAGUAUGGCAAUGGAAGCUUCUUGAAUAAUGCAACCCUGUUUCCAGAGAAGGUGCCAAAGGAUCUCCAAGGAUGCCCCAUUGUUGCAUCACUUUUUGAAUUAGAACCUGCUGUUAUGAGCAAGAAAUUCACUACAGAAGAUUCAGCAAAGACUGUUUUCAACGAAGGCAUCGAGAUACGACUACUCCAAGAGUUCGGAUCAGCCACAAAUAUGACUGUUAAAUACAUUGAACCACCAAGUGGUGAGUUGUGGGGAGUUCCUUUAGAAAAUGGAUCCUGGACAGGCACUUCUGGUCAGCUGGUCCUAGGUUUGGUAGAUGUGGCUAUGGAUCUUUACUUUUACAGAUGUGAUAUAAUAAAAGGAACAGAAUGCCUGACACCCCACAUGAUCGAUCAUGUUAGGUGGUAUGUGCCUUGUGCUGCCCCAUUCCCUGGCUGGAUGAGUCUCAUCAGGGUGUUUACUCUGUCUCUCUGGUUGGGGUUCCUAGUAUCCUACUUCAUUGUUGCUUUUAUUAUGUGGCAAGUGGUGAAGAAGAGCAACACGAUGUUCACACAGUCGAUGGAGAACCAAGGUUACACCAGUCUGGUGAAAUGUCUCAUGAAUUUCUGGGCCAUUAUCCUGGGAGAGAGUGUCCCUAACAACCCUCCCGAAAAGCCUGUUAUCAGGAUGGUGUUCCUUAUAUGGGUUUUAUACUGUUUGGCCAUCAACACUGUUUACCAGACGUAUCUAACUAGCUUCUUAGUAGAUCCAGGUCUUCAACAUCAGAUUUCCUCUGAUGAAGAGGUCAUCAACUCCGGAAUGGAAUAUGGUGUCCCUGCUCCUGUUUUGUCUGUUGUCCCAGAUCUAACAGGUUAUCGUUACCAACGUUUAUUACACUGCAAUGACUACAAAGUAUGCCAAGACAGAAUUGCGUUCAAACGUGACUUUUCUUACAUAUACUCCACAUUCAGCAUGGAUUUUACAAUUGCUGCUAGAUACACAAACGGUGAUGGGAAACAGCUGAUCUGUUCUUUUGAAGAGAUAUUUUCGUCACAGUUGAUAACCGUGCCAGUACCAAAGGGCUAUAUAAUGUUAGAUCGGUUCAACCAAAUUAUUCUUCAUUUGCUGCAGGCUGGGAUUAUAGAUCAGUGGUUCAAAGACAUCAAGUACACAACAUCUUUGAGAUCGAGAGUGGAAAAUGAUGUGCUGAGUGGGGAAUAUAUUAAGUUAAGCUUACUGCAUAUGCAAUCAGCUAUUUAUAUUCUGCUCCUGGGUCUCCUUCUGUCAUUUAUUGUCUUUCUCUAUGAAAUUUUAUUCUGUAGGAAUGCACAGGGCUAUUCAAAAAGAUUGUCAGGGUUUUAAAAAAUCACUACACGUAGUACAAUUGAGGUAGGAAUAACAAUUUUGUUUUAUUGUGUAGCAAAACUCUCAAAGUUUUUUUACAUGAAUUAUAAAUGCUCAAUAUGUGCGCCUCCUGUCAAUCUGCAGACAUCUACACGAUAGUCCAUUUCUUCCCACACACGCCCCAGCGUGUCAGCGGUGAUGUUCAGAAUGGCGGCUUUGAUACGUACCUUCAGAUCCGGGACAAUCGCAGGUAGAGGGAUCCUUCCCAAAUUUCGUGUGGAAGUUCCGUUGGACAAUGGUAACGAACCGACUUUGAUGAUAUUCGAGAGUACAAAAAGCCUUCUUCUUAUCGUUAGACGCCAUAUUGCAAAAUCUGGCACCUGGCGGCCAAUCGCGUAACUACUGGAUGGCGGGCGGUACAGAACAAAACUUUGAGAGUUUCUUUAUCCACCAGUGUAAAGAUAAUAGUCGUAUGUUUAAUGCAUUGCUCCACAAAAAUUCACAAAUCCGCGACAAUCUUUUUGAAUAGCCCUGUAUAUUUCCAACAGCCAUAGGUAUGUAUAUAUAUUUUCCUAAUGGUAUAAACUCUGUACUAAUAACUAUAACACCUAAUGUGAAACGUAUUUUUUUUUUUGUAUAAGCAUGUAUUGAGAAGAACACUUCAUUAGUGAUGAAUGAAAACCAUUUAAAAGAGUAAUAGUUAACAGUUAGACAGAUAGUAAUUUACUCCAUGUCAAACUUUCUUUGAGCUGUAAGACAGCCUACACCAUGCCUUUGCUAUGUCAUAAUGCAUCAGAUAUUGAAUAUGAUUUAUUAUUCAUGUGAUUUGAUAAACAAAAAAUGUUAAUUUUAAAUUUAAUUUUAAUUCCAUAAAAUAACAGUAGAAUUAGAAAUUAAUUUAAUUCUCAAAUGAGAAAAUACACUGGAUGUGUAAUGAACAAAUAAAUCACUACCCCAGUACAGUGAAUAUCAGAGAGGUAAACUCAAAAAGUUUAAAUUUAGUACAUAGUUUACAUUACUUCCCAUUCUGGACACUUUGCAGAACUGCAGCCAGCACUAUCACAAAAUGAUGUCCAUAUCAAAGAUGAUAAUUUGCAUAUUACUUUACCGUGACAUCAAAUGUGCUGUGACAGUGGUGUCAAUUUGGACAAAAAUACAGGAGGGGUACAUAAAAUAAGUCAUCUAUCCUUAAAUUUGUAAAAGAUGGUUGUGUAAAUGAAAAAGUAUGACAGCUGCUUUCGGAAAUACCAGAAAUUAUUCUGCUGCACUGUGUUAGUUGGAAGUCCCAAGAUUAAU